GGCGGCUGUAGCUUUCGUUAUCUUCGUAUUGCGCCGAUCUUGUUGGUCUUCGUACACACGUUCGCACAUCCAUGCCGUACAUACUUAUUGUCACACGUUAAUUGGCAUUUAAUUAAGCGUCGAGCUUCGCCGCCGCUGUUAUUCCUCUGUGAACGCUCGAGUCGUGCGGUUCUUCGUAUCGCGCAUAAAGGGAAUUGGAUCCCGCUGUACGUCGAAUAAAAACUCAAAUACAACAAAGGCAGCGCCAGAAUAAAGGAUGUAUUUGAUUCAAUUAACUGAUGUAAUUUCGACACCACACUAGCCGCAAACCAAACCGGUUUUUGGACAAUAUUUACCACUUUGCGGCUGCGCUUGCCAAAAAGUGUAGAUGCUAUCUGGCGCAAAUCUGAAACCGCGGAUCAUACGAUUUUUCUAUGUGCGGGUCGCGACCGAUGUCUGGUUAUAUUGGGUAGAACGCAAUAAUAUAUAGCCACCACCGAUCGGAAAGAGCGAAGCGGAGAGAGAGAGAGCGACGGCUAUCAGCAUCCGAAAAGAGAGCACUCUGGAGCGCCUCGAUGCGCAGCAGCCUCCUCCAUUUUUCAUAUUUUUUUCCCCGGUUCGGGUUGGCACUAGUCGCUGCCACUAAAAGGGUCGCUCAGUCGCGUUUAAUCACCAGGGUCGAAAACAUUGCGGAGGGCACUUCCGAUCACUUGGCAGCCGGCUGAUGCCGGAGCAUCAUCUUAUAACUAGCAGCAAUACCCGCCACCUAGCAUCCGAUCCAGCAUAAUCGCAGCCAAGUCAUGUUGUCGACUGUCCUGAACUUUGCCCAGCGCGUCGCCGAGAUUUCUUUGCUCGGCGGCAUCGAGAUUGCAUCAGUUGCCCUUAUUGUCUACUAUAUAUUCGCCAAGACGAGGGCCCCCGUUAUCAUCGCCGGCCUGUUUCCCAACCUGAAUCUAAGUUACCGCACGAGCUACCUCAGCAAGAUCAACACCAUCAGAAGCGAUCUCCUGGUCACUUUGCGAUCAUCCAAUGAACCCAAAGCGCAGAAUUCCGUGGCACAUGGCAUCGGGACACAAAAUAUGUUGGAGCUGACCCCACAAUCGGGCCAAAAGCCCUUCAAGAAGCUGCUCGACUGGGGUCUGCUUUUUCCAUAUGUUGCCCAGGUGGUGCGUAGUGAGAAAUUUGAGUACCGACAGGUCACCGAGAUCGUCCACAACGAUGCUGUGCUGAAGCACGCCAUAAAACAGGCCGCUGAGCAGACGCUAAGGGAGCAGCGGUAUGCCAAAAAUGGACAUCGGCUGCUCACGCGCAGUGCUAGUGGAGAUCAGGAAGGGCAGGAUGAGGAGGACGAGAAGCGGGGCAUCUCUUAUCAGGCCAUUUUGCGUAAACAGGAGCAAAGAGCCGUUAGUAUUCUAAAGGACAUGGGCUCCACCCUGAACAACGGUCUGCUGGCAUUCACUUCCUGGAUCCUCUACAAACUCCUUCCGUGCUUCCUGUCCGGCGUCGUGACCAACACCAAGCAGAUCGAGAUGCUCAAGAUGGCCACAGAGCGAUCGCCGGGUACCCCUUUGAUCUUCGUACCGCUGCACCGGAGCCAUUUAGACUACAUUAUGGUUACCUGGAUUCUCACCAACAAUGAUAUACGCAGUCCGCUGGUGGCCGCCGGAAAUAAUCUACAGAUCCCCGUUUUUGGAGGGCUCCUUCGUGGUUUGGGCGCCUUUUUUAUCAAGCGCAAGAUCGAUCCAGUGGAGGGAAAGAAGGAUGUUUUGUAUCGAGCUGCCCUGCACCUUUACUUAACUCACGCUUUGAAGCAGGGUCACAAUGUAGAGUUCUUCAUUGAGGGCGGGCGAACGCGCACUGGCAAGCCCUGCAUGCCCAAAGGUGGCAUUCUCUCGGUUAUUGUGAACGCCUUCAUGGACGGCAGCAUACCGGAUGCCCUGUUGGUGCCUGUUUCUGUAAACUAUGAGCGCCUUGUCGACGGAAAUUUCGUGCGUGAACAGAAGGGCGAGAAAAAAAUACCCGAGUCAUUCAGCAAAGCCAUUUCAGGCAUUUGGAAGGCCCUGAAAUCGAACUAUGGCCUCAUGCGGAUCGAUUUUAACGAGCCAUACUCAAUUCGAGAGCUGGUACACUCGUACAACAAGAUAGCCCGAGAGGAUGGAAACAAUGCCAAGGUGUACAAGCCAGCCGCCAGAACCCUUCAACACAAUCAGUCAACAUCCUCGUUAUACGGCACCGACGUUGUUUGCGAGGAGCACCGUAACCUCAUCGAAAGCAUAUCGCGCCAGGUGGUCUUCGACAGCGCCGCAGCCACUUCUGUGAUGUCCACCAACGCGCUGGCCUUCCUUCUGCUCACCCGCUUUAGGAACGGCGCUGAGGAGCAGAAUCUGGCCGAGGCCUUAGAUGACUUGAGAAACUCGUUAUCCGGUUGCAAGGACAUUGGCUUUUCCGGCGAAUCUUCACAGAUCGUGGCGUAUGCAUGCGACCUACUUGGCUCAGACCUUGUAACUCGCACUCGGGAUGAAAACGGGCGUUUGGUUAUUAGAGCUGUGGAUUCUGUCGAAAGCUUUAUUGAGCUGGCCUACUACUCAAACAUGCUGACCCCGCACUUUGCCCUUAGCUCGAUCCUGUUGGUCACCUUCCAUUCGCUGCUUCCAAAGCCGGAACACAAAAAAGAGGCUGGAUUGUCUCGCAAAAAGCUAUUGGACACCGCCCUAGAGAACUGUCAGAUAUAUCGCUACGAAUUUAUACUGAAUAAGCCGACUCAGGUGCUCGAAAGCUUACUGCAAAAGCAGUUGGACGACCUUUUAAAUAGCGGCUGCAUUCGGACAGAAAAGCUGUACGAUGAUCCUCCGAAUGCUGCGGAAAGCAGGCGCUUGGCUAACAGUCUGGCUGACUGCCUCGGCGAGGACGACGACGACUACCUGCACGUGAGCAACGGCGAUGACAAUGAACCCAAGCUUUUGUUCGCCUCCGAAACCCUGCAACAGCAGCGCUACAUCUGCGAGGUCCUGGCGCCCUUCGCCUGGACGUAUGUGACUGUGGCGCAAUCCCUGCAGAUACUUCACCGGAACUCCAUGCUGGAGUCAGAAUUUAUUAGCUUUGUGAUCAACGAUUUGAGCAGCAAAGUCAAGCGCGGAAGCUGCAUCUAUGCUGAAAGCAUAUCGACGGACUCCGUGCGCAACUGUCUGAAGCUGUUGGAGAAAUGGUCUGUGAUCGAGGUGUGCAACCAGCAGGGCAUGCGCCUGAUCUCACUCAACACGCUCUACGAGAUGUCUCGGGAGUCGCUCAACACGAUCGUCAAGAAGAUUGACGCCAUUGUACCAAAAUUUAACUCUGGCUAUUUUAAUGUAACACCCUAACCAAUGGGGCUUGCUUUCUUUUUGGCACUUUUUUUCCUUGUAUAGUGCAUAUCCACCUAGCUUUAAAGUGCGUACUCCUAGUUCUUAGACUUAGAUAUGUCUAGUUUUAUAGUCAUACAAGUUUAUAUAUGCCAAAGUGCUAGCUUUACUGUAAGUAAGCGACAGACAGUGAAAUAUGAACAAAUUUCUAAUUUAUAUUUAAGAUAUCAUUUUCUAUGUGCAGCGAGAGAAGCGGCAGGACAAACGAAAACCAAUACAAUAUAUCAUCUAUACUGAACUGA